AUGAUCUCAAGGUGGUAUGAUAGGAAAAAGAAAGUGACAGUCAGGCUAAAUAUUACAUCCGCCGAGUCUCCGGAAAAAGUCACGAGUCGAAAUGUCGUUUUCGAAAUUAAAGGUUCUACCCAUCCUGAUGAAAUCGUGCUCUUAUCGGCUCAUAUUGAUUCCUGGGAUGUUGGUCAGGGAGCUCUGGAUGACGGUGGUGGCAUGGCAGCCGUGAGAGCUGCAAUGUUGGCCAUCAAGCGAUUUUCGCGAGUCAAUCCUGAUUUCAAACCGAAAAGAACUAUACGAGCGGUAUUCUGGACAGCCGAAGAACAAGGAACUCUAGGAUCUUCCCACUAUUUUCAUAAACAUUCAAACACAAGUGAACGUUUCGUAUUCGCAUCGGAGUGUGAUCUAGGAGCAUUUCGGCCAUGUAAUCUCCAAGCUAGAUUGCGGUAUCAAGGCGAUAAAGGACAUUUGCUCCAUUCUCAAACCCAACAAGAACUACUCAUAGAAAUUCACUUCCAGAUUGACGUAACCGUCUUUGCAAAUGCCGGAAUUCCAACAGUGAAUUAUGAGUCCGACAAAGGGAGCGACUACUAUUUCAACUUUCACCACUCCAAUGCUGAUUACGUGUCAAUAUUCAAAGAAGAUGAUAUCAAAUACACAGCUGCUAUAUUCGCCGUUCUAGCCCACAAUAUUGCCAAUAUGGAAGAAUGGUAG